UCGGAAGCGGUGCGUGGCCGAGCCUGAGCCCCAGCCGCGUCCCUGCGCCGGCCCGAUGGCGUUUCUGCUCAGGAGAGGGCGGAAGAGCCCCUUCAAACAUAUAGCUCAUGGCCUGGUCCCUGCUGCUACCAUAGCUCCUAAACCUGCAGUUCCCCGCACCCCUCCCCCUCGUAGUCCAAACCCUUCUCCAGAAAGGCCCAGAUCUGCUCUGGCAGCAGCUAUCCUUGCAACAGCACUGACAGGGCGCACUGUUGCUAUUCCUCAGCCUCGGCAGCGAUCGCUUUCUGAAAAUGAUUCCACCUGUGUGGAACACGAAUGUUUUGAACCAUAUGCAACAGUUACAGAGCUUGGAAUGGGGCCCAGCUGGAAACUUGAUGGUAGUGACAGAUCUCCUGGACCAUCCCUGGAAACAUCAGGCAAUUACGGUGAGGAUGAAGACAUGGAUACCUAUCUUUCAGAUGCUGAGCAAGAGGCAGAGUCCAGUAGUCAGAAUAACGAGAACAAGGGAGAAAACUUUAACACCAAUGCUAUUUAUUCUGUUCCCUGCAAAAAUAAAAAGGAAGAGUUUCCACCAUCUCCUGGUGCUAAUGCUGACAAGGAAGAGUUGCCUUCUCAUGAAACUGAGUUUCAGGUGCUGGUGGAUGAGUCAAAUGUGCAAACAGAAGCAGAAGACCAACAUCCUGACUUGAAUUUAAAGGAAGAAAAAUCACUAGCUGAAAAUCUAGUAUGUGAAAAGCCUCCACCCUUCCCAGAUGUCUCUGUUCGGGCAAGGCAAGCUCGGGAAAAUAUGACUAAAGAAAAGUUCAGAGAACUAAAACAAGAAAACUGGUCUCUGAACAAGGCAUUCCAGGCUAUGCUCCAACAAUUCGAGGGAAUGAAAAAGCAAAUGGAAGAACAGCAAUUAAAGCUACAGAGACUAGAACAAGAAAACAUAAAGCUUAAAGAAGCUGCAGAGGAAUCACAUCAAGAAGAGGAGGCUACAGAAUUACUUUCUCUCAGACAACAAGCACAAGAACUGGUGGAUGAAAAUGAUGCUUUGAAGAUGACAGUCCAUCGCUUAAAUGUAGAAUUAAGUCGCUAUCAAACUAAAUUCAGGCCACUGUCUGAAGAAGAGCAUCUAAAAGUCAAAGGUUUACCCAUGAAAGGACCACCACCACCAUGGCUAUUGGAUAUGAAGUAUUUAUCACCCCUGCUGUUGGCAUAUGAAGACAGAAUAAGAGAAAAAGAAGUUUUAAUUCUUGAAUAUGAGGAAGAGAUGAAGAAUUUUAAAGCACGAGUUGAGGAGUUGGUGAAGGAGAAUGAAGACCUGCAUAACCAAGUAAUUAACUUCAUUACCCCUACAGAAUGGCAGCAGCUGCAAACUCAGGCCAAGCUGGUGUUGGAAGAAAAUGGAUUGUUGAUGGAGCAACUCAAAAUUCAACAAGCUAAAGCAAAAGACAGUCGCAGGCAACAUGUUCAAGAAGGUGCAAAAUUGACCAAACAGAUAGUAAGUUUAGAAGAAAAGAAACGGAGUCAAGAGCAGCAGUUAGCAGAGUAUCAGAAGCAGCUGGAAGCUUUGCGUUCUACCUGUGAAGAGCUGAAAGCCAAACUGGAUGGCAGAAUAGCAUCAGAGGAGCACUUUGCUUUGGUGAAUGAGUUAAAAAGCUGUUUACAGCAGGAGCAGAAGAAAAUGCAUUGUGAGGUGGAAGAUCUAAUGGGGCAGACUGCAUCACUGCAAGCUCAAAACAAGAACCUGCUUUCAGAGAAAAAUAACUUCCUGGCUGACAAGGAGAUCCUGGAAACUGACUUGGAAAAGACAAAAAAGACAAACAGGCGACUGAAGAAGCAAAUAAAUUUUUUGCAACUGCAGUUGGAGGAAGCAACAGAAAAAGAAGCUGUUGCACAUCACUACCUAGCAAAUCUUAUUGGUUUGGUGGAGACAAUAGCUCAGGAACGUGAUCAUCAUAUUUUUUUGGCCAGGUGUUUGGAAAGUGAGAAUCAUGGUGUUCUCAACAAGAUGGUAGAAGGCAGUCUACGCUUGGGAAGACUGGAAGAAAAAGUUAAGAUGUAUAAAAGGAAAGCAGCUGGGAAGCUUGGAGAUAUCAGACUCAAGAUGAGUGAGCAGGAGAAGGAGUUUGCUGGGAAGACUGAGCGGUAUGAGCAAGAAAUGAAUCACCUCCAGUGUCUGCUGCAAGACAAACAAGAAACCCUUGAGGAAGUGCUUAAGCAGAAAAGAAAAGUCGAAGGAGAACUUGAAAUCAUUUGGGAAUCCACAUCCAAAGAGAACAGAAGAAUGAGAGAAUUCUUACACAAAUCCCUAGGGAAGGACAUGUGGAGUACUGUCACGCGUCCUGACAUGCACUUAGAUGAAAUCUCUCAGAAAGAUUUAGUUUAUGGACAUGAUUUUAGCUAUUGUGAUGUGAAACCUUCCUUCUCUAUUAAAAGUUAAAUUCAACGAGAAGCUCAUUGAUAAGAUUAAAGAUGCAUUAUACAUCUCAUCCAAGAAAGACAUCUCAAGUGCCUGAAUUUGACUUUUUCAACAAGACAGAACAUUUACCCUCUUCAAAAUUACUGCAUUUUUAGCAGCAUCAAAAUGACAUAAUAUUUUCUAGCUGUGCCAUCAAUAUUGCCUAAAAUAUGACUUUGUUUUUUGAAGAAAUGACUGUUCCUUGUUAAAGCUGUACCAUGUUUUGCCUUAAGUUAACACAGAAGGACAAGUGUCCAGUUAACAAAAGAAACUGGUAAGCUCAGCAUUCCAGCAGACACAUACCUUGUCACAAGCCAAGUGAACAGCAAGACCAAAAGCUCCCAAUAUGGUAAAGAUUGUAAAUAAUUAUAUAUAUGUUGUAGUAUGUUAUAUAAUUACACAUUUUUAUUAAAAGGUCAAGUUUCAAUAAAAUCUGCUCUUAUUACCAAAGUUGAAAAGACAGAUAUGUGUUGUCUGUUCCUGUUGCUGGUGAUGAAGUGUCUUGACAUCCCGAGGUAGCCUUGUACCAGACUCUCUGCCACAAACCUUGUCACCUGAAGG